AUGGAUUUACCAGAUGACGUAGAGCUAAGCUUAUCUAGCGACACUCUGAAAGCUCUCCAAGAGUUUAGACAAGAAGAGCAAGAAAGAGAAGCCAACUUUGAAAAACUGCACCAUGAUGCGGAUAUUAAAUUCGAAGAACAGAAAGUGAUGGACUUGUUCAAGGAAGAUUGGCAAUUAUCUCAGUUUUGGUACGAUGAGAAAACUGCUGGCGUAUUGGCCGACGCAUUAUUGGAUGGUGCCGACAGCGAAACAGUGAUUUGUAUUUUAAGUGCUCCAUCUGUUUAUGCUGAAAUAAAAAGACGUAUUACUUCAAGCAUCCCCACCAAGCACAUACAUCUUUUCGAGUUUGACAAAAGAUUUGAAGUUCUUGCAGGAUCCGAUCACUUCCAUUUUUACGAUUACAACAAACCUCUUGCACUUCCUUCUGAAUUGGAAGGAAAAGUGCAUAGGCUUCUCAUUGAUCCACCUUUUUUGAACGAGGAGUGUCAAACAAAAUUUUCUACUAGCGCUAGGAUCCUGCUGAAUCCUGAUGUAAAUCAGAGAACCAAACACGGCAAUCGUCAGCACGCCGUUGUAUCAAGCACCGGCGAACGUAUGGCUGGCGUCGUAACAAGGUUAUACCCGGGCAUCAAGACUACUAGCUUCCGUCCGGAACAUGCCAAUGGCCUAAGUAACGAAUUUAGGUGCUACGCUGAUUUCGAGUGGAAGGGAUGGCAAUUUGAGUGA